GGCGCUUGUAAAACAAUGAACUUCUUUGAGUGUGGACAAUUUUGAAUGCAGGCAGGCUGACAAGCGGGUAAACUUGCGUUCACUUCCCCGGCAAUGACCCCCUGACUGAAUGCGCUCAGGAGCGAAGUUUCCAUUUUGCUCUCAGUUUUUAUAAACCCAUUUAAACUUGGCGACAACAAACACAUUUGCAGCUUCUUCAGAUCUGCGUUUCAAAGUCUCGGAGGAAACGGGAGCGGUGAGCCAGAGCCACGAAACGGAUUAUCGACUGAUAGUCCACGGGACCACGGCAUCGCACAGCUGGUUUACUUUAUACGAACCGUUCGGAUCUCUUUUAGACAGAGCUGCCCGCAAGAUCAACAGAGAAAAACUAUUUUGCACAUAAUUCGAUUUAAUUGCAUUGUUAGGAGAGCUUGUGGAACCUGCCCGCAAGUGUUGAGCAACUUAAAAAAGCAAUGGUGGGAAGACUGAACUUGCGGAAUGUGUCUGACGACGAUCCGCUGGGUAUGAAUUUUAAAGCUGAUCGGCCGCUGGACAGUCCUGACUCCGGUCUGCCUCCGAGUCCGAGUCCGAGCCCGAGCCCGAGCGUCUGGUUACUGCAGGGCACCGGGGCUGGAACCCCGGUUACUGAAGACGAGAGCAGAAGGACAGCUGUGGUUCCUAAUAAUCGCCAAUUGCAUGCAUUGUCCUACGGAGAAGGAAUUGAACUUGAUCCUCUGCCACUAAAAGAAAUAAGAUACACAUCGUCUGUACGUUAUGAUUCCGAUCGACACUUCAUCCAGGACGUGACCCUGCAGCCCAAGGGUUUGGGUCUGGAGAUGUGCAGCCAGACAGUGUUGGCCCUGCCUCAGAGCACCUGGAGACAUUACAAGACCCAGUUGGAGUUCCAGCCCCGUCAGCGGGUGCAGCGUUACCAGAGCACCACCAUAGUGUACCCCAAACACACCCGGACCUUCUACACCACCCAGCUCAAUUACGACGGGCACAAGUUGACCAAGCGCUUCUUCUCUGCUGUUGAGCUGCAGGCCUCUGAUUGCAAGGCUGGUCUUUGAAAGACACACUGGCAUAUGUGCCUGACAUUACGCCCAUAUGUCCCAAUUAUAAACCACCGCCUGCAUUCAUUGAGUCCCAAGAGGGGGGAAAAAGGAAACUCUGACUGAAAUUGUUGCCAGUUGGAAAGGGGUUCCCAAAACAGAAGUGCAGUUAGUGAGUUCAAGGCUGGAGAAGGGAAAGCAACUGUGUUGUUUAAGGUUUGGUUAGGUUUAACCAUUGUUUUAAGGUUAGAAGCAGGUUUGGAUGGUUUUCAGUGUUUAGUGGUAGUGUACACCAAUGGGUUUAAUUGUAUGUAGAAAUGUGGUUGAUUUAUUUAAUAGUGAGAUUAAAGUUUAAGAUUUUCUGAUAUUGGACCAUCACUGGUUUGAAAGGUUAGAUUUGAUGUUCUGACUAGGACACACAUUUAGUAGACCAGGUGAAAACUGAUUUUGCACACCAUUAAUUAUGUUUUAGAAUAACAAAAUGGAGUAUUUUAGGGUUGGGUUACAAAGUUAGAGCUGCCACACACCAUAUGUUUCAUGUGAUUCACAUUUCACUGAGAUCUAGAAAAAUGAAUAAAUCAGGGCCUAAAAACAGGAAAAAAAGAAGGAUAUUUUAGGGUGUCUUGCAUAAGGGUUAUGUCUGAGCUGAAACAUUAAAUCCAUCAGAAUAUCAACUAACCUGCAUAUUUUUACUACUGUAGCCACACUUAAGUCGUUAACCAUAUUUUCUUUACGUAAAAGGCUAGCUAACUUCCACAGCCCGGCUUGGUUUUAGUAAGUUGUUCUCUGUAUUGCUACUCAUGAAGGAAAAAUUACAAGUGAGGUCACAUUAUAAAUGAGCUCAAUCAUGCUUGAUACUGCAGACUGAGGUAUAUGAAGACUAGAGUUUAAAAAUAAAUUAUAAUGUAAAUAACAGCACUUAAAUUUUUUUUAUUCUCUAUUUAUUUCUUGUUUUAUUUCCCUUUUUUCUGUGCACAGUCAUUGAUUAAGUGAGUAGCACAAAAUGUGCUGGCUUUAAAAUCUGUAGUUGUGCUGUGUACAAUUAUUUUAACUCUGAUUUUAUUCAUAUUUACAUUAAGAUGGAUAUUAACUCCUAAAAUGAAAUAAAUUCAUUAUUUAAAGUGA